AGAGGUGGAAAAUCUAAGCCCCAUAAAAAACCAUGCUCCAUUAAUUUAUCUCCGGAAAUGAUAGAGUUGUGAGUCAUGUUUUAUAUGACUUGAAUAAUUGUUAGAAAUCAUCAUUUGGGUGUAUUGGGUGUAUUGUGGGAUUUCCCGCAGUUACAGGUAGUAUGUAUUUCUAGCCAAGGUUCGCAGCUAUGUCACAAAAUAAACUCCUCUUUUUUUGCUGUCAAUAAAGCCACUUAUUGCACGUUUUUCUCCUCCUUCUCUCUUCUUUUCUUUGGGAUUGCUGGUGGCAGGCCUCUUCUUAUAAAAAGAGUUUUUACUCUUAACUUCAUCUCCACUUUCAUACACACUUUCCUGGAGCUAUUCAAUCCAAAGAAAAAUAUUUUACAAUUCAAUUUUCAAGUAAUAUCUUAGCAAUAAAGACUAAACAAUUAGAAUAGUCUUAAUAACUAGCAACAUCAGACUUUGAGGUUGAUAAAAAAAGUCAACUUGGCGAGUUCAGCUUUACCAACCACUCUAGAACUGAUCAUGUUUGUUGAUAUGGCUUGAUACGGAGGACAAAGAUCGGCCAUCAAACUAUGGAGACUACUGGAGCUGUAGAACAACAGUCAGAAUAUGAUCGUUUUAAGGAACUUAAGGCCUUUGAAGAAUCAAAAGCUGGUGUGAAAGGACUAGUUGAUGCUGGAAUUGUAAAGAUCCCUCAAAUGUUCAUUCGGCCACUGGACGAGCUCACUGAAGAAUUAGAUCAUACUGAACAUGAAAAUAGCAAUUUUGAGAUUCCCUUGAUUGAUAUCAAAAGCGUGGAUCUAAAUGACCAUCUGCGACACAAGGAAGUUAUUGAUGAAGUCCGGCGUGCAUCAGAGACUUGUGGUUUCUUUAGAUUGGUGAAUCAUGGAAUUCCUUUAUCUGUAAUGGGUGAGAUUGUCAAAGGUGUGAAAAGAUUUCAUGAGCAAGAUUAAGAGAGUAAGAAACAACUUUUCUCAAA